AUGGAAAAUCAUUCAUGGGAAAUAUUGAUCGAAUCACAAUUGGAUUUAAACAAUUCACGUGUACGACGUUCAAUGGAUUAUCAUCAAAUGAAUGAAAAUGAUUAUUUAUAUUCUGAUAAAUAUUUUAUAAUCGGUGAAAAUGGAGCAUGUCCAGUUAAUUCACAUAGAUGUAAUGGGCCACUUAAACCGGCGACACAAUAUAGUAUACAAUUACGUACAUACACAGAAUAUGGAUAUACCACAUCGAAAAUAAUUCAUAGACAUACAUUACCUAGUACUACCACAAUUUUGAUUACAUGUUGCCUAUUAUGGUCAUUAUUUCUAUUGGUUAUAUCAACAUUUGGUUUAUUCUAUUAUCGUCUUAUUGAAAACAAAAGUAUACAUUUUCAUCAAAGUGAUAUUUUUUUUAAUGAUCUUAUUCAAUAUCCUAAUCAUAACAUUCAUACAAAAGAAAAAUUCAUUACUACUACUACUACUACUCUACCAAUUCGUAGUAAUGAAGAUAUUUAUGCACAAAUAACAAUGGAUGGAACACAUCUUCCAAAUUUAUGGACAUCUAUAGACUGGCCAACACCAGUGACUAUUGAUCAAUUUAUAACACAUUACGAAAAAUAUUCAGAAGAUUCAUUUGCAGCAUUAAAAGUACAAUAUCAAUUGAUUGUAAGUAAUAGUCAAAGUUUAAUACAAUCAGAUAUGCUUAGUCAAGAAAUAGGACAAACUAAUGCCAAUAGACGAUUAAAUCGUUUUAGUGAUAUUCUACCAUAUGAUCAAACACGAGUGAAGUUAAAUCCAACUGAGAAAAACAAACAGGAUCAUGAUUAUGUGAAUGCAAGUUUUAUUUAUGAAAUUAUACCAUGUACAAGUGUAAAAACACAUCCAAUAUUAAAUAGAAAUAAAAUUGCCUAUAUUGCAUCUCAAGCACCGUUAGAAUCAACAGCUGGUGAUUUUUGGCGAAUGAUACUUGAUCAAAAUAUCACUGUUAUUGUUAUGCUUACAAAGUAA